CACCACCCGACAUUUUCAGUGUCUAAAACUCCUUAACCUAGUAGGCCAGUGUGUCGUCCACGAGGUGCCUUUGCACAAUUGUUGAAAAAAGCCACAUUUCAUUUGUUAGUUGCUAUCAUGGCCUUUCCAAGCGUAUACAGUCCCCGCUAUCAUGCGAACUCGGAAAUGCAUUUUAUUGAUUUGAAUAUAUUCUAUCAAAAGGAAGAAUGGUCAUUGACUGUGCAGUUCGAAACUCUAUGGCAUAAAACGCUUGGAAGUUCUUUACAAAGUGCGAUUAUAAACAAUCCCAAUGCGACACAAUCGGUAGAGAUGAUCGCUGAGAUAGUAAGAAAUUGUCUUAGCAGCGUUAUCCAUCCCAAUCUGGAAAAACAUUAUUACGAUACAAAGAACACGAACCUUGCGGUCUGCUCUCGCAUCAGGGGAAACAAAAUGCUAGACAAGAGUGUGAAACGGUUGAACGAAGCUAUUGUGUUGUACAACGAGAGUCUUUCGGACACGCAAGCAAAUUCGGAGGAACGGUCCCUAGCCUAUGCCAACCGAUCGAUAGUUUGCCUGCAGUUGCACCGGUACGAGGAGUGUUUGGAGAACAUCCGGCUAGCUCGCGAGUCCAACUAUCCGGCACGGUUGGCGGAAAAGCUGAAUCAGCGAGAAGCCGUAGCUAAGAAAGCGUUGGCCAAGGCCUUGAAGCAGGAUGCUGAACGGAUGGAAGAGGAACCGAAGGAAGAACUACGGCUUAGCUACCCGGGCCACGAGCACAUGCCGCAUGUGGCCAACUGUCUGCAACUGCAACAGAACGAACAGUACGGACGGCAUGUGGUCACCACUCGCCGGCUGAAGGUGGGCGAUGUGAUGAUGCUGGACACGCCGUUCGUGAAAACGCUGCAGGAAGAUUGCCGCUAUGUGCGGUGUGAUUUUUGUCACGCCGAGCGCCCAUUCACCCUGAUACCGUGUGAAGGGUGUACCUGGGUGAUGUACUGUUCGGCGGAAUGUUUGAGUAAGGCGUACGACCAGUACCAUCGGUAUGAGUGUGGCGUCAUGCGAGAUGCGUACAGUGUUUGUGGAAGAUUUCCAGCGACUGCUUUACGCGCGACUGCCACUGCAAUCAGUAUCUUUGAUGGUGACCUAGUGGCAUUGCAAAACCAUCUGGAUGCGCUGGACGAGUCCCGGGUGAACGGAUUCACGAUGGACUGGAGGACGGCCACACCGAAGGACGUGUACAACACGGUGCACGUGCUGCCAACCAAUCAAGAACGACGAGGUUUGGUCGAUCAUACGUACCAAAUCCUUGUUGCGAUUCUACUGCAUAAAGCUAUGGUGGAAAGGAUUGAGCUGGGACCAAAGUGCAAAGCAAGCCCUAAAAUGGAUAAGUUUUUGUUCGAUCUGAUCCUUCGUCAUGUGCAAACCAUUCGAUGUAAUCAUCAGUUGUUAUCCUUUUACGAGGGUCAACCGCAGGAGAAAUAUUUCGAAUAUAAACUAUAUGGUGCGGCUUGCUAUCCGUCGGUCAGCAUGUUGAACCAUUCCUGUGCCUCGAACGUACGGCGGCUUUAUUUGGCCGACGGUCGCUGCGCUAUGAUCGUUAUCCGCCCGAUCGACAAGGAUUGCCAACUGUUCGAUAGUUACGGAUUGCACCACCUCGAUGAUGAUCGGGUACUGAGACAAAGGGUUAUUCAAUUGCUGUUCAACUUUCAAUGUUCGUGUGAAGCAUGUACGCACAAUUAUCGUACAUUCAAGGAACUAUCAUUCCAAUAUGGAGGUGAUUUUACUUUGAUAAGUCAUAUUCAACAGGAAGGGAUUUACGAAACCUUAGCAACCCGUAACCGGAAGUUAGCAUUAAAGAUCAUGAGAGAACUGCAAACUGACUUAAACCGUAAGCAUAGCCGGUAUCCAUCCUAUGAUGUGUGCGGGAAGAUGCGAUGUUAUGAGCUCUCCUUAUCCCUGGUGUACGUGUCGGAAAGUUUCCUGUACUGUAGGAAAUGCACGGGUAUAUUGGAAUUACAACACUUGCAUCCAGAAUCUUUGUCUUAGAGUACUUAGAUGAUCCUUCUGAAUGCUUUGUUGAGCUAUAUAAUAUAAAUAACAGUAGAAAAGGGUUUGUUGCUUGAGCGAAUGAAUCUCUGUCGAACAUUUUGCCUUAGAAUGCUUAGGUGAUUCAUCUGAAUGAUUGGUUGAACCAGAUACGUAUGAAUAUCAGUACUAAAUAAUACUGUUGCCACGAUUGAAUUGCAUGUGUUGAAAAUAGCUACGUAUUAGGGAAUGUUAUUACCAGGGAUGAUGCAUUCGCGAAACGUAUUCUCUGAGAACAAAAUGGAAUAAUUAGUGUAAAAUGAGGGGAAAUCAUUAAAUUCAUUGAAUUUAAUAAUGAAAUUUGAAAUUCAUAAGGUAAUUUAAUACCAUUUAAACAUUUAGUUUCAUCGUCGAAACAUUUCGCCCGGAGCGAUCCGGGUCGUAAUUUUGGUUCCAGUAGGUUCAGUGGGUUCAGUACAUUCGUUAAACCUCACGACGUAGAUGUGACACAGAGAAGAGGAUUGCACAGAAAAG